CACGUGCGUUUGUGUUUCGAAUUUUUCAGGAUCAAAAAUCAAGAAAUAAGGAUAAUAAGGAUUAAAAUCCUUUUCCACCAUGGCGGACGACGCGGAUCAUGGAGAUAAAAAGAAGGCCCACAAGAAACGGCAUUCAGGAGUGAAGGCCGACAAGAAGAAGGCGAAAAAUAAACCGACCGAUCGCACGAAGAACCCGAAAGCCUUCGCCAUCACCAAGGCACGGUCGGCGGAAAAGCGGUUCCGACGCAAAGAGGAUAUCAUUACGAAGAAGCAACACAUUCCGCUCGUUGAUAAAACUCCGGAAGAACCCCCUCCGGUACUCGUCGCGGUUGUCGGACCGCCAAAGGUUGGCAAAACCACGCUGAUAAUGAAUUUGAUCAAAAACUUCACCAAAACCAACGUGCACAAUGUUUGCGGUCCAAUUACGGUGGUCACGUCGAAGAAACGGCGCAUCACGCUAAUCGAGUGCAACAACGACAUCAACAGCAUGAUCGACAUCGCCAAGAGCGUGGAUUUGGUGCUGCUCAUGGUUGAUGCGAGUUUUGGGUUUGAAAUGGAGAUCUUUGAGUUUCUCAACAUCUGCCAGGUGCACGGGAUGCCUAAGAUAAUGGGUAUCCUGAACCAUCUCGAUAUGAUCAAGAACGCGAAGACGCUCAAGAUGCAGAAGAAAGUGCUAAAGCAUCGAUUCUGGACGGAAGUGUACGAUGGUGCGAAGCUGUUCUAUCUCUCUGGACUCAUCCACGGCGAGUAUCUGAAGAAUGAGAUCCGGAACCUGGGUCGCUUCAUAUCGGUCAUGAAAUUCCGGCCACUGACAUGGCGCGGUGCCCAUAGCUAUCUGCUCGCCGAUCGGAUGGAGGACAUAACGAACACGGAGCAAAUACGUCUCAAUCCCAAGUGUGAUCGAGAGGUUGUACUGUAUGGAUACGUUCGUGGGGUACCGCUAAAGAAGGAAAACAUGGUGCACAUCGCGGGCCUUGGGGAUAUGCACAUUGAGGAGCUGAGUGCGUUGCCCGAUCCCUGUCCGUUGCCUUCCCGUGAAAAGAAACGAAAUCUACUCGAAAAGGAGCGGCUUCUAUACGCGCCCAUGUCCGGUGUCGGAGGCAUCGUGUACGAUAAAGAUGCGGUUUACAUCGAACUGCAGGGGUCUCAUAGCCACAAAAGUGCAUCGAAAAACGCGGAACAGCAGCAAAUUGUGGAAUCAUUCAUCGGGAAGAAGGAAACAUUCGAUGUGACGAUCGACAAUCAGGAGUUCCGGUUGUUCAGCGAUGGAGACGUGAUCAAGUCCAGCGAGUUUGUGGACAAAACGCGUAAGGUUGCAGCGUCCGAUGAUGAGGAGGAAGCGGAUGACAAUGAGGAUGAUGAUCAGCUGGCGAGUGAGGAGGAUUCUGGAUUAGAAGACAAUGAGGAUUCAGACAAUGAGGCAACUGAUGCAAAAGGAGCUCGAUUGGGAUGGAUUCCGGAAGAAGAUGAAGAUGAUGAUGAUGAUCAAUCUGGCAGUGGCUCCGACGAUGAUGAUGAUGAGGAUGAUUUGAUCGUGAACAAGAGAAGUGGAUAUCUUUCAUCCGACGAUGAAAAUAUGGCUGCCGGAGAAAAUACCAUGGCAUGGAAGGACGGAUUAGCUGAAAGGGCUCGCAGGGAAUAUCUUGAACGUCAGGCGACCACAAAGAGCCUCAUGAAGAUCGUCUACGGUGUAUUCAGCAAAGCACACCAGCGGGCGAAGGCAAAGGCUGCAGAAGAAGCAGCCGAAGGUGGCUCAGAAGAGGAGGACGAAGAAGACGAGGGAUUGCUCGGUGGUAUCUUUAAAAGUCUAGCUCAGAAGCAGGCCGAGCUGCAGAAGAAGAAAUCUGUCCAGGAUGUGGAUGAAUGUUGCUUCUUCGAGGAGUACGGCGAUGGUGUGCGCGAUUGGACGACGGAAGAGAACAAAGAGCUAAUCAAAAACUGUUUUGUUACGGGAAAAUGGAAAGCAUCGGAAGAUGCGGAGGAGCUGCUGCAGCUGGACGACAUGAGCGAUGGCGACAGUGAGGUGUAUGGUGAUUUCGAGGAUCUUGAAACGGGUGAGAAACAUCAGGCAACCAAGAGUGCCAAGGGCACACCAGCCAAGGAUGGAAAGGAAAAAGAGGGAGAAACGCCGAAAGAGGGCAACGAAGAGUCUUCCGCCUUGGGAAAACGUAAAAUGACGCGAAUGGAAGAGAAGAAUAUGACGCGAGCGGAGCUGAUGGCUAAGAAGAUGAAGCUGAAGGCCAAAUUCGACUCGGAGUAUGACAAUCCAGAGAAGGAUGAUCAGCACAUCGAGGGAGAUCAUCAGUACUAUGAGAAGCUGAAAGCGGACGCGCUGCGUCAAUCGGAGCUGAACAAGAAAGAAUUUUCAAAGCUCGAUGAAGACGUUCGGCUUAACAUUGAAGGCCAUCGGGCCGGACUGUAUGUCCGCAUGAGUUUCCGUAAGGUGGCGGCUGAGUUUGUGACUCAUUUCGAUGCCAACUAUCCAAUCCUGAUCGGAGGGUUAAACAUGGCCGAGGAAAAUGUUGGUUUCGUGAGCUGCAAGGUGAAGAAACACCGUUGGUACAAGAAAACGCUCAAGACCGGUGAUCCGCUGAUCGUAUCGCUCGGUUGGCGUCGAUUCCAGACGAUACCGAUCUACGCCAAGGUGGAGGAUGAUUUCAAACAUCGCUAUCUGAAGUACACUCCGAACCAUGUGACGUGCAGCAUGAGCUUCUGGGGUCCCAUCACUCCGCAAAACACGGGUUUCAUGGCGAUCCAGUCGGUGGCUUACGAUCAGAAGGAAGUACGCAAGCUUGGUUUCCGCGUUGCAGCUACCGGGGCGGUCAGUGAGACGGACAAGUCGGUGGAGAUCAUGAAGAAGCUAAAGCUGAUCGGUACACCGAGUAAAAUCUACCAGAAAACGGCCUUCAUCCAGGGCAUGUUCAACUCGACACUAGAGGUCGCCAAAUUCGAGGGUGCCAAGAUACGCACGGUAUCCGGUAUUCGAGGCCAGAUCAAGAAAGCGUGUCCACCGGAAGGUUCGUACCGUGCUACCUUCGAAGAUCGCAUCCAGCUCAGCGAUAUCGUGUUCUGUCGCACGUGGUUCAAGGUGAAAGUACCGACGUUCUACGCGCCUGUCACGAACUUGCUGCUACCUCCGGAGCAGAAAUCGCAAUGGAUCGGCAUGAAAACGCUCGGUCAGUUGAAGCGCGAGAAAGAUCUACACUUUGAGGCAAAAGAGGACAGUUCGUACAAACCGAUCGUACGAGAAAAGCUUGCUUUCCGGCCACUGGUCAUCCCGAAGAGUCUACAAAAGGCGCUGCCCUACAAGGACAAACCGAAACUGGGACCGACUAAUCCGAAAAAAUCGAUCGAGAGCGAACGCGUCGCCGUGAUUCAAUCACCACACGAGCAAAAGGUCGCCAAGAUGAUGAAGAUGAUCAGGACCAACUUCAAGAGCAAACAAGUGAAACAGCAGCGAUUGGGACGGGAGAGGACGAAACAAUACAAGAAGCAAAAGUUAAAUGAGGACUUCCGGAAACUUCAGCGUCAGAAGGAACUGAAAAAGAAGGUAUUCAAGGCGAUCAGCAAAAUGGAUGCCCAGAAUGAGGAUAAGCUAAAGAGUGGGAGGAAAUAGGAAAAGCAGUGCUGUAAAAUUGUUUUUCAAUUCUAGCCACACACUGCAGAAAGAUAGUAUGUAAAAUAAACUUCAG